UUUUUUUUUUUUUUUUUAAUCCUAAACUCCCAAAGGCAGCCUAGCGGUCCUAUCAUCCGUCUUCUAGUUCUAGCAGCGGCGGGAGGCCCCCAAAAGAAAAGACUCAAGAAUAGUAGUAUCAAGUCCUCCCACUGGCAGCAGGAGAUGAUAUGCCGGAUAUCAGAAGAAGUGCUGAAGUGCUGAUUAUUGUUACUGCUAUCAGAUUCUAAUUGUACUGAUCGUAGCCCCCUCCAUCUGUCUCUCCGGAUUUUAUUUAAAAGACCAGUCAUGAUGAUCAUAGGCUACAGGGCCAUUGCCAGGCCUACUUUCUCCCUUGUCAUUUGUGACGUGCCUGCCAUUUCCUUCUGUAAGCCUCAACUGUAUUCUUCUUCCAUGAAUGGAUGUAGAUUCAUGCGGUUUAGUUGUUCAGUUUCUGGUAGAACCGUUUCAUCUACUUCUCUAGACUUAUCUUUGUCCAAGGACAAUUCUGGUAAUGAAGGGCUUCAAAGGCAAAAGGCUUCUUCCUCUUUGUAUGCUCAUCCUAGUUUGUCACAGAUUAGGAGUGAGAAGGCAGCCAAUCGAGCCCGUGUUUAUGAUUUCUUGAGGGGAAUUGGUGUUUUCCCUGAUGAGCUUGAUGGAUUGGAGCUCCCUGUCACUGUAGAUGUCAUGCGCGAACGUGUGGACUUUCUUCACAGAUUAGGCCUCACUGUUGAAGAUAUAAACAAUUACCCACUGGUUCUCGGCUGCAGUGUCAAGAAAAACAUGGUUCCCGUCCUUGAUUACCUCGGCAAGUUGGGUGUUAAAAAAUCUACGUUUACAGAAUUCUUGCGUAGAUACCCACAAGUCCUCCAUUCUAGUGUUGUUGUCGAUCUCGCACCGGUAGUUAAGUAUCUUCAAGGAAUGGAUAUCAAGCCAAAUGAUAUUCCUCGGGUUCUGGAGAAGUAUCCUGAAGUAUUGGGGUUUAAGCUGGAAGGCACCAUGAGUACUUCAGUGGCUUACUUGGUUGGAAUAGGGGUCGCAAGGAGAGAAAUUGGUGGUGUACUAACUAGAUACCCCCAAAUACUAGGAAUGAGAGUUGGCCGUACAAUCAAACCAUUUGUGGAUUAUCUAGAAAGCUUGGGAAUACCACAAUUAGCCAUAGCUAGACUAAUAGAGAAAAGACCUUUUAUUCUUGGAUUUGGACUUGAAGACAGGAUCAAGCCAAAUGUUGAGUCCCUUUUAGAGUUCAAUGUUAGGAAAUCGUUGCUUGCAUCUGUCAUUGCACAGUAUCCUGAAAUUAUAGGAGUAGAUGUUCAAACAAGACUUUGCACUCGAAGGGACUUUCUUAAUUCAAUUAUCCAAUUGGAUCCUGUUGGUUUUGGGAGAGUUAUAGAGAAGAUGCCACAGAUUGUCAGCCUCAAUAAUAGCAUAUUGAAACAUUUGGAUUUCCUCAAGGAAUGCGGAUUUUCCUUGGAACAAGUGAGAAAGAUGGUGAUGGCCUGUCCCCAACUGCUUGCUCUAAAUCUUGAUGUCAUGAAAUUAAGCUUUGAUUACUUCCAGGGAAAAAUGGCAAGACAGUUGGAUGACUUGGUUUCUUUCCCAGCCUUUUUCACUUAUGGUCUUGAGUCAACUAUUAAACCAAGACAUGCAAUGAUUGCAAAGAAGGGUUUGAAAUGUUCUCUUGCUUGGUUCCUUAAUUGUUCUGAUGAGAAAUUUGAGGAGCGGAUGACAUAUGACACUAUUGACAUGGAAGAGAUGGAAGUUGAGUCAUCGUUUGACAUGAACUGUUUACUCGGCACUAGAACCGAUGGGUCAGAUUCCGAUUAUGCAGAUGAUAGCGACAGUUCAUAUGUAUAGAACAUAUGUGUAACAUGGGCUAACCAGGGUAUUGAAUUUUGCCGAAGAGUCUCAUCUUCUUUUCUAAUAUCAGCUGCAUAUGCUGUUAAAGGUGAUUUUUCUUAUCUGAAAAAUGUAAUCUAUCAGCUAAAUUUGAUCCUAUCUUUCCUUGAGUGAAGAUGCACUCCUAUUUGCUGCUUACCUUUAUUGUGUUGGGUUUACCGUAGUAUUGUUCUCCUGCUGGCAAUUUUGCUUCUUUUUCCUGUUUAUGUCUAUGUAUUCAUUGUAGCUUCUUUGUCAGCUUUGCAUGAAUGGAUAUGUAUACUGCACUUGUACGCCUUCUUUUGCCACUGGAAAGGCCUCACGGUUCCAUAUAUUAAUCUUACUUCGCAUGGCACAGAUACAUUGAUAAGACCA